AUGACUGAGCCGGUAGGCAAAUCUGCCACCAUGGUCCUGCUCGUCGAUCGAAUUUCAAAAAGCUUUGAUUCCAUCCCGAAUCAUAACAACCGAGGUCUCCCACAGCUGGUGUAUGUUGAUCUCAUUAUCAGACCAUCAGGGUUGAUCUCCAUGGAGGAUCCACAAGACUAUAGUGAAGCAUCAAAGAUCCUUAGAAACAUACCGCAGCUCAACGAGGCGCAGCGCCUGGUUUCUGCCGUGUCGCCAGAGGAUUGGCAUCAACUCAUGUUGGCCGCAAAGCCCACCAAAGAAACCAUCAACACUCUCCCUGCCGUGCUGUUUGGCUCGCGAUCCGUAGCAUAUCAAAGCAAAUACCUGAUGAUGCGAGCCUUCUCUCCGGUUAUGGAAUUUGGUGGCCGUUAUGCUCUCACAACAUGA